AAUUGUGGAUGGCAACGAUGUUUUUAACAGCACCUUUCUAAAAGGGACAUGAGUUUAGCUGACGAACCAACAAAUUUAGUGUCUCCUACUACUCCUCCUAUCUGUACAAUCUUGGGGCCCCGCAGCCAUUUCGCCGGGGCCCCUAAGGAAGUAAGUAGCAUAAACAUCACAUUUAUUGACAUUUUUUUAGAGUUUCCUCAGACGAACACAAAUAUAAUUGCAUGUGUCAUCAUGUGUGUAGAGAAUAUUGUAGUAACGUAUAGUGGUCGACUCGUUGCCGCCUAAUGAAUAAAUGAUUGUGAAACAUCCACGGAAACUGAAACGAGCUCGAAACAAAAAUAUCUUGACAAUUUUGCAGAAGUGAAGUCUGUCAAGUGUGAAGUAGUAAAACAUAUGUAUUUUAAUUUGUAGCUUUUUGUUUUUAAUUGUUAAAAUUAUGUUUUUGAUCUGAUUAGAUAUAUAUUGGCCCGUGAAAUAAAUAGGAUGAGUGUGAAGUCGAAGUAAAAUUGUUUUAUUUGAAAUUUUUAACUGGUGACGUUUCAGAUUCAUUUCACGGAGGAGAGUACCAGACAAGGUUUGUCUCCCUUUACUCUUUACUACUCUUUACUGGCUUUAUAUUAUAUCGCAUUUUUAACAUUAUUUUAAAUCUCAAACCUCAAAGGGCUUAGCCUAAUUUGUUUUAUUCUUAUCUACUUUUAUUUUAAAUAAAUAAUUCAGUCAAUUCAAUCAAAAUUAGUCAAAUGAAAAGUGUUUUAAAGUGAAAUGAAGCAUAGCCCUAUAGGCUAUAACGCCAUAGGCAUAGGCCAUGAUAGGCAUAUAACUUAGUACUUAGUAUCAUUAAAGUCAUUAUCAUGGACAUGGAUGAUUUUAUGUGAGUGACUUUUAUUUAUAAUUACAUGCGUUCAAUUUUAUAUAUAAAAAAGACUUACUUACCUUUUAAUAAAUAGAAUGAUUGAUUUAAGAUUUAACAAGCAUAAUAAAAUUAGUUAAAAUUCAUAAACAUGUUAUUUUUUUAUUUAAUUCCUGUAUAAAUUAUAAAUAAUGAUUUUCCAAAUUUUCUGUUCACUUUUUUUCUGAACAUACCCUUAAAUAAAUAUAUACAAAAAUAAAAGUCUUGAUGUUAUAUACAAUUUUUGUUGUAUUUUGCAUUGAGAAUGUCUCCUGAAAAUUUGGUAGCAUUAUCUUUUAAAAUCCAAAAGUUUUGGGCAAAAUAAGGCAGAAAUUUGGAAAGUGGGUCACACGUUUUUUCAGUUAAAUACUAAGAUAAAGAAGGGGGAUUUAAAAAAUCACCAAAAAAAAUCAUAACUCCACUUCUAUAAAAGAUAGAAAGAUAAAAUUGGUGUUAUUGUAAAGCUUAUAGCUAGCCUUUUAUGAUCAUAUAUCAUACAUGGCAAUCGGACAAUAUUUAAAAUUUGUGUCAAAGUACUUAAUAGAAUAGGCCCAAUCGGCCCUACCCCCAGCUUAUAGUUUAAGUUAAGCUACACUGUUCAGGUAGUUAGGCUACACUGUUCAGAUUACUGCUCAAUUUGUUUUUGUAAUUGAGCUAUUCCAUUUAAAUUACACUAGAAUACAGUACAUUAUUUAAUUAUUUAUUUAUCUAAUAACUGGUCUGGACUUAAUAAUUUUGUCUGGACACAUUAUAAUACUUAUUUAAAGUUAUUUGACUUAAUUUAUAAGAUGUAGGGUGGCUUACAUGUAGACAGUUAAUUAAGAUUAUCAUGUUUAAAACUUCAUUUGCUACUAUAAGUUAUAAGAAAGUCACAAAAUCCUCUGUGGUUUUCUUUCUUGAAAACGGGUCGCCAAACAAAUGAAAUGCUUAGGUCUGUGGAUGCCUGAUAGAUAUAACAAAUCAACUUACUGCUUCUUCAUUCAUUUGACAAAAAAACAAAAUGAUUUUAAAAAGUUAAGUGGGAGAAAAGAUAAAGAAGAAUCACAUUAGUUAAGAUUUAUUUUGUUAUUUUGCAUUUCAUCAAAUCCAUUAUGAAUGGAUAAAUAAUUCUAUACAGCAUUUAGUAAGUGUGUUUUUUUAAAAAUAGAUAUUCUAAUGUGAGGUAUAAUGACAUGUGGCCAGCACAAAGUUAACUCACUAUCAAAGUGAAGCAUCUUACGUUGGCAACCACUGCUUUAAAACAUGUUUAUAAUUUCUAAGCUUAGUUUUAAGACCUCUUUUUAAAAAUAAUUUUAUUAUUAGACAGAAAAUUAACGUUAUAUGGCAAUAAUAUUUUACUUGGAGUGGGUCUUAAAUUUUUCCUGAACAAUAGCAAGUAAAGAUAUAAAUUAUGCUUAAACUUUACCUUUCAAUAAAAUUUUGUGAAUUUGUUGUUUUUUUUCCAUUUCAUCAUCCAUUUAAAAAUCUUCCCCAUUCAAGUUCUUAAGUCUUGGAACUCACACAUGCAGAGGUCAAGAAAUGGAGGAAAUCACUCGAAGCCCUGCACCCAAGGCUGCAUUUAAAACAUUUGAUACGAUUAUGUUUAAAUUUGUGGGAGCCAAAAUUUGCAUUUGCUCUGGGCCCAAAACUCCCCUGCACAGCCGUGCUUGGAACUCUUCAUCUUGCCCAGUUCAUUGUCUCCAAAUAACAAUAAAAAUCACAAAAAUCAUAUUUUAAAUCAGUCCAAUUCUGAAAAAACAAUUAUUGGUUGAUGCAUCCCGUUUUAAUGCAGACCUAUUUACUCUUAGGACUUUGGCAUUCAAUGUAUGAUUUUGAGGUGUCUUUUAUGAGUGUACGCCAAACCUGUCACAACUACAAUUUUAAGAAACCGAGUUGCAAAUUUAUACAUUCCGGUAGUUUUUCCGAUUAAAAAUAAUAAAUGAAAAGUACAUUUUCGGUUGUUAAAUCUACUUUCUACAUCCAGAAAUCAAUGGAUCGAGAAAUACUAUUGGUUGGGGACCAAAUAUUACAUUUGCCCUGAGAGGGGAAGCCAGUGGUGUUGAUUUAAGAGAUUUUGUGUAAAGGUGUACCAGCCGGGAAAGGGGGGGAGGUAAAUAUUUUAAGUCUAUAAAAUUAACACUGCAAAUAUUCAUAAUGGUAGUGGUGAUGGUCGUACUGUUGCUUUGUGUGUUUUCAUAAUUAACACACCAGACAAAAACACGGGGGGACACAGCAAUAUUAGCGUAGUCGCCUUAGUGACAAUUUUAGUCAAUCCUCGCUUUUGUUUUCUUCUUUGCUGUCUGACGGAAUUUUGUGACAUAAUAAUUUCAUUCAUCCACUCAAUAUAACGGAAUUUUGUGACAUAAUAAUUCCAAUCAUCCACUCAAUAUAAAUUAAUAUAUAUAGCAAAUACACAUCUGCAAAACAAAAUGACUGCAGAUUUCAAUAUAAUCGUCGGUCAUCUACUUUUAGAAGUUACCUUUUUUUACACCAGCUUAACCCAAUCCCACUAGACAUGUGAUGUGAUUAGUGGUUGUAUACACAGACAUGUUUACCCUCAAACUCUUAAAAUCGUACAAUAUCAUCACAAAAUCGUUCAAUACGUUAUCUUAAUAGUAAAAAAUUAACAUACAUUAUUUAUAAUGUAUACACCUCAAAAUCGUACGUUUUACUCUAAAAACAUAAGAGUAAACAGGUCUGUAUACAUUUAAUAUACCGUAUGUUUAAUUAUUUACUAUUAAGAAACUGCAUUGUAAGAUUUUGAGACGAUAUUGUACGAUUUUAGGAGUUUGAGGGUAAACAGGGGUGUUUUCUGAUUAAUGGAUCACUUUUAACAAUUAAAGAUGUGAAAUCAUAAACUAUAAUUAAGAAUUGGAGAAUUGAUGGGUUUUAGUUUUAAAAAAAAAAUCAUUUUAUAAGCACAUUACUGACUGUUCUGUUAAAUAUUCAAAAAUUGUAUUCCAAAAUAAAAUGAUUUUUUUUCGCACUUUUCCAAUGUUCAGAAAGCAGCACUCGUGCUAGAGAUGAAGAAUUGCAAGAUGGUGGAGACGAUGGUGGAGACGAAGAUGAACCUUCUGGCUCAUACCAAACAUUUUCUAAAGCUUAGUAUGUGUUCACCAUGGAGAAAUGUGUCAUGGUUUUGUUUAACUUCAGAAAAAGUUGCUUAUGUCGUGGGAUAAAAAGACUUCAGUUUAAGCUGAAUUCAUAUGUAUUAAAAUUGAUUUGAUCAAAACAAUUAUAGCUUGACAUGAAUCGGUCAACUUUCAAUUAGACGCACUGAGAUUAAGUAAUUUUUUAGCAUUAGAUACCAUAAAGGAACAUAUAUACAGGCAUUGUUAAAAAUUAUAAGUUUAUAAGUUGUCUUUCUUUGAGCACUUAGCAAUAGUUUUUCUUUUUUAAAUGUCAUUUUAACUAAUGGAAGUUUUUUUUUUUUUCAGUGUGGGUGUCAAGGUGCAGUUUAAAGCUGCGAUAGACCAAAGUCUUGACAAUGAUGUAAGCAUUGAUUUACUGCUGCCCAAAAUCAGUUGAUCCAAAUCAGUUGUUUUCAAAAAGAGGUUUAUAAAAGUCACAAAAAUAUUUGAGAUGGGGGUUGUUGCUGUCAGCUUCUAGUCAUGACUCUAUAAAAUGAAACACAAGAUAUGCAGUUAGAAUCUCCUGCCCACUUCAUCUUCAUCAGCCACAAGAUGUGAGUCCUGCUGAAGGUUCAUGUAGUGGAAUUGAAUUUCAGGAGUUAUUAACCUAGUUUAUUCACCGUCAGAGUCAUUAACAUAUUUGAUGCACCAUCCAUGUGCAAUUCCUCGGGCCCUGAAAAUGGAGUGCCUGCAUUUGUAUCUUUGCAAAUGAUUGACAGGAAUUCUGACCAGGUGGCUAAACCAAUCAAUUUGCUGUUGAGUCAUAAACUGGCUAAUUUUUGUGGCACCAACCAAUUUUUUAAUAUCCUGGUUCAGAAUUUGGUUAAUUCUGCAUUAUUAACUAUAUUUUACAGGUUUGGCUUAUAAUCAGAAUUUGUGACAAUCUGUGACUUUUUGGAUAUUUAAAAAAGAAAAGCAAAUUGUAUUCAUAUAGUAAAUAAUAUAUUAAAACUGGUCAUGGGUAAUAUUAUGUAUGCUUGAUUGGUAAUAGUUGAUCCAAAUAUGUUUGACUGGUGAUAAGUAAUCCAAAUAUGUUUGAUUGGUGAUGGGUCAUGCAAUCAUCCAGGGAAUCUAUGGGAAGAAAUUUUAAGAUUAUAUUCCUUUGCUAGUCCAAUUGAAUUUUUAUUUGUCUGGGACAGGUUUAUUCCAAGCAAGAAAAUUUGGUUGUACUUCAGCAAAUGGACCCAGUAAACUUUGGUCACGUGGAAAAAGUGAAAGAUACAGUCACUGACAAGACUUUAGUAAGGAAGAAGGUAAGGCAAGCACUAACAACAUUUUAGUAUGGAAGAAGGUAAAGUGAACACUAACAUUGAAAAAAGAAGAUUUUAUGCUGUUAAACCAUGUUAAACAUAAAUAACAUUUUUGAAAUGUAGGGUGGAGAUGGAGGAGGCAUUGAAUUAAUUUACUUUGAGUAUAACUUUUAAUGAUGAAUACAUUUAUUUGAGAUUGCUCUCUGCCAGGUCUCAAAAGAAGAUUUUUCUUAUGGUGAAUUACAAGUUCUUAAAGAUCUGAACUGCUCUGACUACAUCUUAAAACUUUUUGGUUACGUCUAUGAUGGAAACAACACAUUUUUUAUAUUAUUGGAAGAUGCAGGUAUAUUUCAAACUAAAUAAUUACUCUUAAUAUAAGAUACUUGUUAAACUAAAUUGGAAUUUACUACCAACAAAAAAGACCAGACUCCCCAACCCCCCUCCCCCCCUUUUCUCAAAGAGCUAGUGAUAUUUACAUUGAGAAAUCUUUCACAGACAUGUUAGCUUCUAACGUGGUUUUUAACUAAAAAUGUUGUACCUGAUUUUAAUCAAAAUAUGGUGUGGAAAUAUAUUUAUAGUCAAGACUGUGGACUCAUCACAAUAGUAGAACAAGAUGUUAGGAAACUUGAAUCAUAUGACAGGACAAUAAGAGAAGAACGUUUUGGCUUUGGUUGUUAGUGGAGCUUAGUUUGGGGUCGAUGUUUUAUUUUAAGGUUGAAAGGGUAUCUAUGAAAUGUCUCCACAUAAAAACAAAAAAGUUUAUUAACAACUGUUUGUCCACUGAAAUUUCUGUUUUGGGUCUUGAUAAAGAAAUGGUUACACAGAGAGAGAUCUGAUACACCAACUGUAGCUUCAAUUACUAAAUUUAUUUUUAAGUUGAAACAUUAGUGUGACUUUUAACAAAAUGAUUUUUUCCGCAAAGUCCAAAGAUACCUAAUUUGAUCUUAAGCAGAGAUGUCCAACCUAUUAAAUUAUAUUUUUCAUUGAUUUUAUAUUUCUUAUCUUUUCUUCAGGGGAAUCACUUUACCAGCUAGUAGCUAAGCAAUCUGCAGAUAAAAAGUAUGAUGUCUUGGACAAAUUGCCAUCAAUCGUGCGUAGUAUUCUCCUGGCUCUCGUCUAUCUCAAUGAUAAAGGCUACGUACAUUGUGACAUAAAGCGUAAGUUCUUAACACCUUUUGGUGACCUAAUUCUUUAAAAUGCUUUAGGUGAAGACAUUUUAUGUGGAUUUCUCACAAAAUGACAUUCUUGAAAUUAGUUGAUCUGGUGCACUGAACUGGUCUAAGCACUUAUGUUAACAUUUGACCAAGUAAGUCUAAGCACUUAUGUUAACAUUAGACCAAGUCUAAGCACUUAUGUUAACAUUAGACCAAGUCUAAUCACUUAAGUGUACAUUUGACCAAGUCUAAGCACUUAUGUCAACAUUUGACCGAAUGGAGAUAUUUGAUGCUGAACCUAUCAGUUUUCAUUACUAUUACAAUGUUUACAAAUUUUUGCAUAAUAUUUAAUAAUUUUAAAAUGUUUAUAAAGGAGCACACACUGCAACUGUUUUUGUCAAGGUCUUAAAAUCCCUGAGAGUCUUUGUUAUGAAUGAGACAAGUAAAAGUUAGUGUGCUGGAAUGUGGACUGGAUGAUGAGUGUACGUAGGAGUAUGCUUGGAUGAUGAGUGUACGUAGGAGUAUGCUUGGAUGAUGAGUGUACGUAGGAGUAUGCUUGGAUGAUGAGUGUACGUAGGAGUAUGCUUAACUGCUGGUAGUUAGCGGUAGUGUGGUGGUGGUCAGUAAUGCAGGGGAGAGUGAGGGAGUAGGAAUGCUGAAUGUAGUAAGUAGUGUUGCAAUGAUCCCGUUAGCAGAUGUAGUUCUUUGGUUAAGUUUGUUGGCAUAACUUACAUUACACACCACUUCCUUCCACUCAGACCAAACUGUGCCUUUUCUUUUCCAUGCUUGGAUUCUCAGUUGCUGUAGAUCUGUUUCCACAUCAUCUAUUAAUCUUACCCUAGGUCUGGUUAAAAUAUGUUUCGUUUGUGUUUGAUGUUUUCAAAUAUUUGUGGUGCGCCAUAUGUCAAGCUGUUAGAUGUCUGUCUGUGUCAAGUGUUCUUCUAGUGACUCUUACACCAGUGCACAAAAUAACACUUGACACAUUCCUCUCACUGUCCUCACGGAGAUCUCUGUUGCAGCUGUUUGCUUUUAUUUUAUAUUGUUUUUACUGUUGUUUGUUCCCUGAAGAAGGCUUUUUGCUGACAUGCUUGUUGUUUUGCUGCAUCGUUUUUCAUGUUUUCCCAAACUUUGUUUAGCUUAUUGAUGCCUAUUAGAUGUCUACUAAAAUUACUUUCUCUUCAAAUAAACUACAGGUCUAGUAACCUUAAGCUCUAGACAUAAAUACCAUUGUUCCCUCUCUGAUCUCCCUAUCAGUCACAGUAUAUAUUUAUGUACAUUUUCACUUUAAACCAUCAACACAGCCGUCAACCAAUGGACAUCCAUUAUGCAUCGCCUAACAGCUUUCAGUCCUUAAAACAUACUUUCAUUCUGUUAAGUUUAAUUACAGCAGCUCACUUUCCCCAUUUAAAAAUAAAACAUUAGCCGAACCAUUGGCCUUGCUAUCAUAAACGAGAACUGACUACGAUAAAUCAUUCACUCAUGAUUCCAGGACCUUGACAGUCUAGCUUUGAGCCCUUUUCCUCUUUUGAUCUUAAGUUUCCCUCAGAAAGUAUCCUGAUAUUGCUCCUCUGGUGUCAAUAUGUCUGCUUCUUAUAACGUUCUCUAAUGUUAUGUUAAAAAGCAUACAAGACAGUGAGUCUCCUUGUCUUAUGCCUCGUCUAAUCUGAAAUUCCCUUGAAUAUUUUCCAUGAACCUUGCUUUUGCUUUUUGAGUACCUUAAUGUUACAUGUAUCAGUCUUGUCAGUUUUUUGGUAAUAUCAAACUCCCGCAGAGCCUCAAUUAGAUUUUUUUUUUCUUUUGAUGCUGUUAUAGGCCAUUUUAUAGUCCACAUAAAGUUGAUGUACUGGUAUGUUAUAUUUGUAAAUUUUUUCAGAGGCAUCUGAUGGUGAAAAUCUAAUCAGUUAUUGAUCUGUUUUCUCUGAUUCCACAUUGGUAGUCACCUAGUAUUUGUUCAGUGUAUGGUAUUAGUUUUUUGGCAAUUACUUUUUUCAGUUUUUUGUAUGUAACAUUUAAGAUGAAAAUUCCUCUAUAUUUUGCGCGUUGAAGUUUGUAACCUUUAUAGUCUAUUGGGGUUUUGAUAUAUAUCGCGGACUGCAUACAAGUAAAUUAAUAGUGGAACAAGAUACGUUUUGGCUUUAAAAAGAAGACAGGACGAUUAAAUAGAUGUUUUUGGUAAAUCCAUUCUUCAGCUACAAGAAAUAACAAGUUAUUAUUUUUAUUAGUGCCAUUUCCCUCCCAUUCUGUUGGAAUUUUCCCUUCUUGCCAAAUUUUAUUUAAGUUUAUUUGUCUGAGUGUUUAGUUCUCUUCCUCCAACUUGAAUCAGUUCUGCUGUGAUGAGGUCUUGUCCAGGGGCUUUGUGGCUUCUAUGUCUGUAGUUUCUUCCAAAGUUGGGGAGUUGAUUAAAGGGUCUGGUCCCCAUGUGGUGGUUGAUAAUCUUCAUCUUAUGCAUUUUUCGCAUUUAGUACUUCUAUCAAAACAUUCAGCCGACCUCUCCAGUUCUUAACUAUUUUUCAUAAUUAAUUUUCCAUCUUUGCUCUCACAAAGAUUUGGCUUGGUAUACAUUCUUUUUUUCUUUUAUCUUCCUGUGCAUUCCUCUAACACAGGGGUCUCACACAAAUCAUCCGGGGGCCGCAGAAGGUAGAGUCUGAGUGAGACUGGGCCGCAUCAAGUAUUCUACAAAAAGGCAAUCACAAAUUCAAUAAAGUGCGACUGUUACAAUCUAUAAAAACAUGUGAUCAAAUUUCAUCAAAUUCUUCCUAUAGCUUUGCAAUGGCAGUGGUAUACUUACUACUGAAUGAUGCCCGAGUCCAUGAGUACUUUGCAUGUUGGGUAAUAGCAGAGAUUUCUCUAAGAACCAUAACACAUGUUUCGUGCAGAAUGCCCUGACAUUGUCAUAGGCAACACUGACAAGCUACCUCUUGUCUUGUAACGUCUUGUUGAGUACAUCCAGCUCCUGUGUAAGGUCAACAAAAAAAAGUCCAUGAGCCAUUUGCGAUCACUUAGUACAGGAACAACCAUCCCAGCCUUCUCCAUGAAGGCUUUGAAGACUUAAACGUGUUCAAACAGUAGGCAGGAGCAGGCAAUAUUUAUGAAUUAUUGAUGUGAAGGAAGAUGCUAUUAUAGGGGAAAUGAAUUUUGAUUUUAUUAUUUUAUCGCAGAAAAGGCCUUUUAGGCAAACCCUAUUUUGAAAGUAACCAAGCUGACAGGCUCGGAAUUUCCCUCACUCGUAAACACUAGCGGCACUUUUAAUAGGGAUUCUUUGAUACUGUGUCAGAUUGCUACGAUUUAUACAAUCAUAGUUGUGAAUUACCCACUAACUGACCUUUUAAACUUUUCUCAAAACAGCACUUUGGUCAUGUUUGUAUCAUAAAAUGCUAUAAAAUAAAAACUUUUAGUCCAAUUUUAAAACGGUUUUUACCAUUAUAAUCAACAUACAAACAUAAUAAAAAUCAGAAUUGGACUAGUCUGUGAGAUUCGACUGAAACUCGCGAGGGGUCACAUUAUAGAUGUGAGAAUAGGGAAAAUGCGCUGGCUGCAUUAACACUAAUCUUUGCUGUCAUGUAGCGGGAUGCAAAAUUAUUUUUAAAUAUCAUCUUGCGGGCCGCAAGUUUGAGACACCUGCUCUACUAUUUCUCUUUCUUGAUAAGUGUUCCAUUUCUUUUAGUUUAGCAUUUUCUCAUUCCUUUUUCUUUUGGUGCACAUUUUUUGGUUUCCCUUCUUGCGUCAUUGUUUAUUUAUCUCAUACUUGUGGUUUCCCUUUGUGUCAUGGUCAUUCAUACCUUGUUCCUUUUUAUCAACAGUCUUAUCAUUAUCAAACAUGCCUACUCUACCAUUAGUUUUCUGAAAUCCUACUUUUUCGGCUGAUCUUUUCAUAGAAUGUUUUAUCCCACUGUUCAUUUAUGUUGCUUCUACUUCAAUUUUGUAGGUUUUGGGGAUUAGUGGUUCUUGGUAAGUUUUUGUUACACAUAUCAUUUUUGUCUUUGAUUUCAGUCAUUGUGAAUUACGCUUAUUCUCUGCUUAUAUUUAACCCUUAUAAGUAGAUGGUCAGCUUCUGCAACUGCUCCUCAAUAGCUUCCUACAUCUAUUAUGUCUGAUCCAUACCUCUGAUUGAUUAGAACAUUGUCAAUUAGCUAUAACUGUACUGACAGAUUCUUUCUUGAAAGCAAAUUCUGUUCCAAAAUUAUUGGUGGUGUCGCCACUAUUGAAUAUGAAUGGUGUAUUACUUAUUUCCAGGGAUAUCUAAGUUUUUCCAUAUCAAUACAUUUUUAUAUAUUUUUAGUUCAUCUUUUAAGUUAGGGAGCCUUGUACAUUCUAAAUCGCAAUCUAAAAAUGUCUGUAUCCAGGCUUAAGUGAAUUUCCAUUACUAAUCCUGGUCUUAAUUUUGGUUUUUUAUUUUUAACAAUAAUUAUUUACAUGGCCGGUUUGUUAGUCCUGCACACAACCAGCGGGAAGGGGGGGGGGGGGGGGGGUAGGUUUAACGUUUCCUUUCACUUCCUUCAAGGGGGUAGGUUCUGAAUUUGGUCCAUACCUGGUAUUUUAUUUCCCCUGGUGCCCUCCAAUAUCUGGUGGGUUUUCCCAUUUCGGCCGUCUUGGCAGGCUCUCGAUAAAAGAUCAGUAACACCACACAAGUUUAAAAAUACACCACUUAACAACAAAUGUAUCCGCAAAAUUUCUUCUUCAACAAAGAAGAAAUGAAAUGAAAAAAUGAAAAAUAAGAUAAAUGUGUCUCACAGGGUACUUUGAGUUAUACAUAUUUAUUUGCUUAUUUUCAUCUGGAAAUAAUAUGUUGUUUACAAUGUUCACAGCUGAAAACAUUUGCGUGAAAGAAGGGAUAAUCAAACUCAUAGAUUUCGGCUCCUGCAACAGAAUUAGUGACACCAAAAAUGAUGUCUACACAUUGGAUUAUAUGUCACCUGAGCAAUUACAACAUCUAAAUGAAGUACUAUAUCUUAUUAGUUGUAUAGUUUAUGUUAGUUAGUAAACUUUUGCUAGUUUGUCAACUUUCAUUAGUUAGUUUGUCAACUUUUGUUAGUUAGUUAGUCAACUUUUGUUCUCAUGUGCUGUUAAUUUCACUUCACUUAGUAUUUCAUCAUUUUUAUAAACAUUUUCUCUUUACUUAAAUUUCCAUCUUGUGGAGCAUAGUUUGUUUACACACGUGAAAUAUUAGGACUUUCUCUUGCACUGUUCACCUGGUGAACGGCGGAAAAAGAAUUCCAGGUCGAUGGAGGUGGGUUGAGACUGAAACUCAAAUUAUCGUGGUUGACCACGUCUGCUUCUUUGAGUGAGCGGUUGGGUGGGUGGGCUCAGAUCUAAUGAUUAGUUUUAUGCCUAGGUAAAAAAAGUUAAGUCACUUUAAAUGCAACUCUAUAAGCAUGUUGUGUUUGAAAAAGUAAAUAAUUCUAUUUUUUGUCGAUAAUUUAAAUAUUACUAUUUUAAUACUAAAAUGCAUUGCCCAAAGAAAGUCUGUGCAAAAAAUACUUUCAAAAAUUGAUUUUUUAAAUUUAAAUUAUUUUCUCCUCUUAAGUGCUUUUAACUCAUCUUUGAUAGAAAGUCUUUUUUAACUUUUUUUUUUAUUCUUAAGUCACUGAAUCACAUUUUUUUAGCCAUUGCAUAACCAAAUCACUUCACAUUUCAUUAGUCACAUCUUGUAGUACGAAAUAGAUUUUCUUUUUUUUUAGUCACAUUUUGUAUUACAUCACACAUUUUUUUCAUAUCUUGAAUUAUUACAUGAGUCAUGAGUCGCAUCCUGUUAAACACAUUUUUUAGUCAUAAUUUCUUUAGCAAAUUUUAAUUCUUAUAACUGUCAUAAAAGGUAUGAACUUCAAGGUGAGUAAUUCACCAUCAUAAUAUGUUAAAUACUUUGGAUCCAGAACAGAUUACCCCAUCAAAAUUCUGUGAAAUCAUCAGUUCUCAUAAAUAUAUUUCAAACACCUAAGAAUACCGGUACUUAAACUUAAAGCUUUUUUUUUUCCCACUAUCCUCUGCAAUCACAUUUAUAAAAUUAAUUUGAAAGUUAUAUAAACUUUAAACUCAUUGUUCUUUAUUUAGUCAGACAAUGAAGAUUACAGUAUUGGCCCAAGUAAAUACAAACCAGAUCACAAAAGUGAUAUGUGGGCUGCCUUCAUGGUGUUUUUAUUUAUUGUUAAAAAAGAUGUUCCGGCAAAACUGUUCAGGAAUCUGAAGAAAAAGGAGGUAAGACAUUAUAAUGUAAUUAUACAUCUGUAGUGAUUACUUGACAUGGAUAUUGCCACGUCUACUAGGGUUGAGGAUCAGAUGUGAGGGUUCUUGUUCAUUUUUUGAUAAAAAUCCAAAUUCCACUUACUUGUUUUCAAAUUAGGAACCUCUAAUUUUUAAAUUACAUACUGUUGAAAAUGUCAUGAGAGGAAUUUUUGUUUCUGCAAUUCCCUGAAAUAAGAAGCUGUAUGAUGACUAAAACAUUAUUGUAAAAAUAGUUCAUUAGCUAUACUCUAUGGUGCACAGAGCUUUAGGAUUCCAUGCUCCUGGGAAAGGGAUCUCAAAAAAAAAAAUAAUGAUAAUUUUUGUACAUUCUACAAAUAACCGUAAACCAAAAUUUUAUAUUCAGAUGUUCCAAGUUUUAAGGCAUUUCUAACAAUGAUCAUUGGUACCAGGGCUGGGAGCUCUGGAUUAGGGCCUUUCUUCCUGGAGCUGGAGCCAGCAAAUUUUCUAACUGCUCAGAGCUAUGAAAAUGAAUUAACAAAAACAUAGAAGAAAAAAUUUGCUUUAGAAAUGUUUUAGAAACUAUCUUGCAAAAAACACAAUUAAUUACUAUUUUAAUGAAAAGUCAUUCAGUGCAACGAACAACCAUAGUGCACGUUUAUAAAAUAAUACUGAAGAAAGUAUUCAAGUUUUAGAAAUCUACUAUGUAUUGUAAUUUAACGCAUUUACAGACUUUUCAAUGUCAUUACAAGAAAUAUAACAUAACUGUUUUUGAAAAAUAUUUAUUUUAGGGUAUGAAAUAAUAUAAAAUUGCUCUUCUUUUAAUAAAAUGUAUACUGACCUUUUAGUUGUUAACAAAUGCCAACAAAAUCAAAUAUGGUUGAGGAAGCUGCUGCUGCGCAGCUCUUCUUUCAGCUACCGGUAUAUUGCUGGUACAUAUGUGUCUAAUAUCCUUGACUAGUUUUGGGCAACCUGUGGCUCCAUUUGAAUGAACAUAUGCACCUCUUUUUUUUACUAAUCCAUAAGGACAUGUGGCUCCCAAAAUAUUUUCUUAGCAGAUAUAAAUAUAAUUUAUGAAAUUGGCUCCUCACUCAAAAUAAGUUUGCUGACCCCUCAGUUGUGUUUAGUACCAUCUGUGAGAGGCCAAAAGUUUUGUCCCCCAUCCUCAACAAAAAAACUAAGCUUUUGUCCGAAAAUUACCCCCAUUAAUAAAUUGGGGCAGAUAAUGGCACCCCUAUUUGAGUCUUGCAUAUUCUUAUUUUGUGCUAAUUUGAGAAGAAAUAAGACCCAUAAAAUAUCCAAUGUUCUAUUACAGCGGUUCUCAACCUGUGGGUCACGACCCCUUUGGGGGUCGAAUGACCCUUUGCAAGGGGUCGCGUAAGACCAUCGGAAAACAUAUAUACUCUACAGUUAUGGUGUAGGAAUGAAAAUAAUUUUGUGGCUGGGGGGUCAGCACAUCAUGAGGAACUGUAUUAAAGUGUCGCGGCAUUAGGAAAGUUGAGAACCACUGUUCUAUUAGAUCUAUCUCAAUUUACUCAUAAAAUAUGGAGAGUAAUUUUGCUAGGCAGUUUAGCAAUUAUUGUGAAUGAUUACUGAUUAUCUGCAAAUUAAUCGGUGUAACACAAAUAUUCGAUAUUUAAAUUUAACAUACCGGUAUAAUAAUAUUGCCGGAUGUUGGAGCGAAGCUGGAGCUAACAAAAAUUUGUCCACAACACUGCAUGGUACACAGUAGCCAAGACCUUCCUGCUCUAGGCAAUAUUAACCACCACUCCUAGUAUAGGUCUCACUACCCCCAGUCAGUGAUCCAUGGUACAAAAUGAUUACCUGUCACUGUCAUCUUGUCUGUUGCAGGCCUCUUGAGAUCACAUUUAACAAGGGAGUCGUAUACAAUAUUUAAAUAUAUUUUUGGUGUUCUUCUCUUAUGAAUUCUUGAAAUGGAGUUUAAAAAAAAAGGAACCCAUUUCUGAUAAUGCUAUCAACUCAAAAAACAUGUGCUUAUUGUUAUUAACGUUUAAAUAAUUUAUAUGAUGCAUAAGAACAUACAACGUCUUAUUAAUUAUUCACAGAUUGAACACCUAACUGAUCCAAUUGAUUCAUUUUUUAUUGAUGGUCCUGUCUGGCUCAAAGAUCUAUUGGCUUUGGGUUUAAAAGUGAAAGUAGAAGACAGAUAUACAGCAAAGCAAUGCCUUGCCUUCAUGUUACAAGAAGGUAUUACAGUGCUUCAGUUUAAUUUGUAUUAUAGUUGUUAUAUUUCAUGAGUUUUCAUAGCCCAUAAUGUUAAUUAGCCAUGCGGUAUCAUAAGUACUUAUUUGUCAUAAGGUAUAUUGCCUAGAUGCCAUGAAGUAUUACAGAAAGAUGACCAAAGCUAUAUUCUACAAUGAGUACUUAAGUGUGUUGCCAGUCCUAUGUUUGCCUGGAAAGCUUGCCCAGAUGCAGUAUUAGGUCUUAUAGUGAUUGGAAUCAAUUUUGUUUUCGCUUGCUGUGUGCUUUCUUUGGGUGUAUGCUGUGUGUCACUCUCUGAGGAUUGUGCUAAAUUAUUCUCUUUUUUUUUCCCACCAGCUGACUUAUUAUAAUGCUUGUAUGUAAAAUGUUGUUGCAGUGCUUAUAUGUUACAUGGUAUGCUAGUAAUUUUUUUACUGAUUACAUCAUUCUGUUAUCAUGUAGUGCAGUGUUUCUCAACCUUUUUGUUGCCUGUUGCCUACUUUAACAUUAGAUUUACUUCACUGCUUUCCUGUUUCUAAUAUAAAAACAUACAAAAAGUCAUUGUUUUGACAUUUUUAUGACGCUCUGAGAGCCUUAUGGCUCACACUGAGAACCUCUGAUGUAGAAGAGUGACCCCCCCCCACCCCCCCCCCCCAAAAAAAAAAAUCUAUUCAAGGUAGGUUAUCCAAUAAUGAACUUACAACUGUUGGACUGGAUAUUGCUGGAAUUUUAAGUUUGACAUUUCUUUUGUGACAGGUGUGCUAAACUAUGAGCCAAGCACUAAGGUAGGCCAGAAGCCAAAUUCUGUGAAGAAAAGAAAGGAAGUCACACAUUCACAACAGGAGGCAUCUCCGGUCACACAAGUAAAUUUAAUAAAUUAUAAAUCUGUAGAUUUUAGUCAAUGUGUUACAGACCACUUAAAAAAUUAGCACAUCUAGUUUUAUCCCUUGCUUGUCUAUUUUAUUUCUGGAUGUUAUCAGCACUUAAACAAUGGUGCACAAAGUUUUCUUUAAAAUGGAAGAACUGCUUUAUUCUUUCUUUCUUUAUUUCAAACAAAUUACAUCUUAUUAUAUCAACAUUUAAUUUAAUUGUUAAGAUUGAUAACUUUUUUGACUGGGAUAAAUUUAAAUACAUGAAAAAUAAUAAAUGCAACUGAAUUUUAAUUACCGGUACAUAUGUUUUUAAUAUCUGAUAGAUCAGGAUAAAUGUUUAUAUUUUUUAGCUAUUGGUUUGAAUAGUUUCAAUAUGUUCAUGUUUUUCUUCUUAUAGUUUCUGUAACUAAUUUCUAAAUGAUAUUUAAAAAAUAUCAUGAUUUAUUUUUAUCUCUUUAGCCCAACAGAACACGUUUUACUAUUGUGAAAAUUAGACAAGAUCACCCAAGCAUCCCUCUAGCGGAUCAGACAGGUGAUUUAACAAGCCAAGGACUAGACUCGCUGUCAAAUGGUAUUUAUUUUGAAACUGUUUUUAAUUAAAAUAAUCUACAGUAAAAUUUUAUGUCAGUGUUGGUAACUUUUCCUCAUCAAAAAAAAAGUUAAUACCAGGUACCGGUAUAUUGUUCAAGACGUGGUGUAAAAAAAAAAAUAGAGAAAGGCAUUGAAAAUAUUUUCUCAUCAAAGGAAAUAUUUUCAAUGCCUUUCUCUGUUAUUUUUUUUACACCACGUCUUGAACAAUAUACCGGUACCUGGUAUUAACUUUACUUAUAUGCAUGUAAACCAGUGGUGUAGGUGGGAGGGGGUGCUUUCCAACCCUGUGAACACUUUUUUCUUUAUAUAAAGGUGGGCAGCUUUUCAGCCAAGUCAAACGAAAAGAAAGGGAUUAAAAGACACAGGUCAUAAUUUUAUUAUCAAGUUCUACAUUUAUUUAGAAAAACUGUCAAAACAUCGGCUCAAUUCUACACCAUGUAUUUCACCUAAAUAUUCUGACCCAAAUAAUUAGAAAUAUUGGGGGGAAAAACUGGAGUGAAGUAGGGCGGUAUAAAAAAAGGACAGUGUAUGAGAUAUAUUUUCUUUUGAUGACAUUGAGUGACAUGAAAUAACAAGCUUAAUGUAGGCCAAUGUGACAGCUUGAAUGAAUUUGGAAUUUAUUAACACAACAAAAAGUAUGUUUUAGCACUCCUGGUGACAAAAAAAAUCAGUUUAAACAGUGGUCGGUGUCACGGUCAGAUCGCGUGAGUUUUUCUGUGUCAGCUUUUCGGAUGUUAAUUUGACCAAUCGUGGGUGAGUUUCUUUUCCCCGUGUGCCCCACGAGUUUUUAUUUUCUCGGUCAGGUUGACCGGUGUGCUGUGUCGGGAGGAACCAUGUGAGGAUAGAAGUGUGUAAAAAGGGGAGAUGAGUUUCAGAGAGCGUGACAGUGGCGAACGCGAUGGAUUGGAUGUGAGGACGUUAGUUUGUUGAGGGAGAUUUUUCUAUGGAUGGCAGAGGACUUCUGUAAAUAUAUUUUUUAUAUUAUGUGCAGCAUUUUUCUGGACACAAAUUUUGUAUUCUGAAAACCAGGGGAUGUUUACUAUGCAUUUUUCCACUGUCAGGAAGAUGAAGGUAAUAAAUCAUAUGAACCCUGAAGCUUUGCAUCGUUUGCAUUAAUAAAUACUUGGACUAUUCAGCACAUCAGCUCUGUAGGGGCUAGACAACAGGGGUUCUAGACCCUUGAAAAUUGUUCUGUGGCUAGUACGCAGGGGACCGACCCCUAGACAACGUACGUCACGUCACAGUCGGCAACCCACGGCUCGCAAGCCACAUGCUGCUCUUUAGCGACCUGAGUGCGGCUCGGCUAGCCGGUCACAAAUCGAUUUUGACUCCAAAACACAUGGUUCUUAAAAGGUUCUUGAAGAGAAAUUUGGCUCUCAAAAUUUGUUUAAUCGUCCUGCUGCUGAUUUUUAGCUCUUUUGACUGAUGAGUUGCCGACCGCUGAGUUAAAAUAUAUUAAGAGUGUUUUUUUAAAAUGAGACAUUAAACUUCCAGAUGUUAGGACCCAGGAGAAGCAGCAAUUUAAUAAAAAUACACUUUAAAAAGAUUAUCUUUAAAUGUGGCCAUUGCGAUUUUAUGCAUAUAAUUUUUAGAACAUUUCAUCUUUAUUCUAAGUUCAAGAAAUUUCUUUAAUACUUAAAUUAUAAAUUUAAUUAUUUUACUUUAAGCUUCCCCUAAGCAUUUGUUGCCCAAAGACGUGGCUUUUGGUUUAGAUUUAUAAUAAAUCUGCUACUGCUUUUAUGACUUUGAAAAUUAUCAUGUGUUUGCAAUGUAAUUUUUCUUUGGUAUGAUUCAUGGUCGGAUUAUGAGGCACAGUGUAUUGUCAACGUAUUCAUUGUGCAUAGAAAGUGAUUGUAGUGGAUGGGGCCUUUUGAGCCCUGUGUUUAAAGGAUAGAAUGUGUAGUAUGAUGACGAUAAUUAAGAAGAUGAAAUAAAAAGUGGAACCAAAUACCCCAUUGCUUCCAAAUAUUGAUAUUUUAAAAUAGAAAGAUGCCAGAAUUGGCAGAAUUAAAAACAUUUCUUUAGCCUGAUGUAACUCAGUACAAUAACUCACUUGAUGGAGCCAAACAGCAUUAUCUAUAUGCUUUUCUGUGGCUCUAAAUGGCAUUGGUAACUUUAAAAAAAUUCAUUUUAAAGAGUUGAAUAGUGUUUUAAAUAGUUUAAAUGAAUAUUAUAAAACCACAUUUCCAUUUAGUAACAAAAAAAUAAAAGAAUAGUAUGACACAACCAGGUCGAGGGUGACUUAAAUUUCAGAGCAUUUUUAUGAUCCUCAAUCAAUUAAGUGUAGAUUGAUGCAAAACUAAAUUCAGGUAUACACCAAAAUGAAUCCAUGUAUUUUGAAUUUAUGAAAAUAUUUUAGAGGGAGGGGGCUCAUUGACCCCUGUCUGCAUUUGGUUUGGCUCAGGAUCAUUCAGUGCCUUUUGUUUAUUUCUGUUUUCCACCUACACACACACACUGUCGUUUAAAGUGACUAACCGUCAAAAUUGACUUACCAUCAAAGGGAUUUACCUUCACUUUUCUAUAAGAUGUGAAACUGGGUAUAACUCAACCCCUUGAAACCAAAGCAAAAGUGGGGCUGUCAAAUGUGGUGCUGUCACAAGUGGUGCUGUUUUCAGGUUCAGGUAGUGUUCAAAAAUUAUUACGUUCUGAGGCAACUUAGUGCAUGUGCCAGGGACAAAGCUGUUUCAAAGUUCAUUGUUUUUGGUGAGGAUGUUGGUGAUAAAGUGGCCAGCACUCUGAAAACUAUUAAUUGAAAUUGUUUUGCUACCUACAUGCUAAUCUUAAAGUACAAAAAUAACCCUAACCAAACCCUGACAAAAGUUUAUUGCACCAAUACAAAUCCAUAUAAAGACUGUUUUUAUUGAAUAUUCUAAAAGUUGCUAAAAGAUUUCUGACAUGACAUAGGGUUUCUCUCAUCAACUUCUCUUUUCUAAAUUCUGAAUCUAAGAAGCCAAUUUGCUUAACAUGGAAUGUUUGAGUAAAUAGAUCCCUGUAUGUGAUACUAUACAAAAGAGAGAAUGUCACUUUUUUACCUGCAAUUUAUUGAUCGUAUCCGGAAAUUUGUUUGAAAGAAAUUUCGUCUUACGAAAAUUGAUUGACGGAAAUUUGGGCGAAUCUUUUUUUUUUCAGUUCCCUUAUAAAAUUUUGCGUCAAAUUUCUUUUUGAACGCAUUAUUUUGUUUUACUAUAUAGUAUAUAGUAUGUUGAAAAAGAAAUUUGACGAAAAUUUUAACGUGUGAACUGAAAAAAAGAUUCUAUCAAAUUUCCAUUCAAUCAAAUUUUCGUCUAUCAAUUUUCCGUCGACGAAAUUUCUUUGAAACAAAUUUCCGGUAACCGCAAUUAAUUGGUGUCUAUUGGACGAAUGAUUACUACUUGGACUUGGGCACAGGUCACUGCAUAUUCUAUACUGCUAAUGCAUCUUUAUAGCCAGCUAGGCAUUAGGUAUUUAGGUCAAGGGUUACUUUGUUGAAUGAGGUUGGUAGAAGUGGGGCAGAAAAUGACAGAACUGAUAAAAGCAAAAAUAUAGAUGAGCAUUGUUUCCAGGGUUGUUAGCAUAUUGCAUAUAAGCAAGCCUUACAGUAGUCAUACACUUACAAAUGAUAUGUCCCUAGAAUUGUUAUUCAGUUGUUUAGGAGGGGAUGUGGUGGGCUGGUCUACCCCAGGCUGAACUUUUUCCUUUAUUUGAAGAUCGGGAUUUUUGGCCAAUUCUAGGGUUUGUUUUGGGUUGUUGUUUAUUUUUGUGUGUAAGUGAGGUGGAGAAAAGCUCCCCACCCCAAGGGGAACUAACCCUAGCUACAUCACUAUUGCUAUUACAAACUAUAAUAAUGAUAUGUUCUUUGCAUUAUUUUUAUGAGUUAAAAUUAAAAUAGCCACAAAUUCAUAUUGGAUGUAAUGAAACAAAGCUUCCUGUCCUUUUUUUUCAGAAUUGAAAGCUCAGGAAGAAAGUGGUCCAUUCAGGGGUGAACAAAUUGUUAGGGCAAGAAUGAGUAAUGCAUCUGAGAGCUCUGCCUCUGCUAGUGAUGAUGAUGAAGAUAUUGAAAUAUUCUAGUGGCAUUAUGUCAAUGGGGCUUGAUUUUAAAAUACAGGCCACCUCACAGAAGGACUGAAUUCACAUCAAGGCUGGGACAAAAAAGUUUCUAGCAGUUAACCCCACCAGAAUGUGUUCAACAUGGACAAAUGUGUUAAAGCUAAGUUCUCCAUCCACAAAACCACUUGCAUAAUUCAGAAUCCUUAACUUAGACAUUAAAUUGUUUAAGUUUAUUUUUUUUUAAAGAGGAAAAUAACUUUUAAUGUCCAUUGUACCUUGAGUUUCUAAAACUAAGAUAUUUUGAUAUACUACUCAAUACUCAAUAUAUUUUAAAAAUUGAUUUUUCUUAUUUUUUUAACUUUUUUGGUAACUUGUUGGCCUAUUUUUAAUUUUCAUUAAUUUUUACUUUUGCACCCCAAAAAUGUGACUUAUCACAAACGCAUAUUUUUAUUAAAUUUAAAUAAAAUAAUUAAUCUUUUUAAGUCUGUGCUAUUCUUAAUGGAAAAAAUAUCCUUAUUUUGUUUAAAAAGUCUAGUGGCAUAUCUGAUAACUUUGUCAUUAGGUUAUUUUAAUUUGGUCAUAAAUAUUGAUGGAGUUAUGUUGUUGUAAUUAUUAAUGGACAUCAAAUUAAACUUUCUUUAAAAAA